CGAGGCUCGUCCCCGCUGCUGCUGCCCGGUCUCCAGUGUGGAUUUACAUACUCUGAUUUCCGUGGGACUGGGAAACGAGAGAGGAGGGUGGCGAGCCUUUCAGGAACUGAGGGAACAGCCGCAAAUAGCGUAACUUAUCAAAUUUACAACUUGUAGCCUCGACCGUCGGUUCCCCGGUGAACUCCCGACCCUCCGCCGGAGUAACGUUCACUUUUCUCGCGGCUCUCCGCUGCUCUCUCUCAGGAUUCUUUCACUAAGUCUGGAGGAGGUUUUUCGGAGGAGACGGAAAGCAGUUUGAGUUUAACCCGGUUUGAAGGGCUGUGGCCAUGGCCGGGGGUGGCGGCAGCGGUGGUGGGGUUUCUCCGUUGGGGCCCGCGCCGCCGAUGUGGUAUCACCGGGACCUGAGUCGAGCUGCGGCCGAGGAGCUGCUCGCCCGGGCCGGGAGAGACGGCAGCUUCCUGGUGCGGGACAGUGAGAGUGUCAACGGGGCUUACGCUUUGUGUGUACUGUUUCAGAAGCACGUCCACACAUACAGAAUCCUCCCGGACGAUGAAGGAUUUCUGGCAGUACAGACGUCUCAGGGCGUACAGCCGAAGCGGUUCAAGACGCUGCCGGAGCUGGUGUCAUUAUACCUGCAGCCCAACCAGGGUCUGGUCACCACGCUGCUUUACCCCGUGGACAGAGAGGAGACGGCUGUCAGUGAUGACAGGGACUAUUCAGAUGGAGAGGACGAGAAGCCGCCGCUCCCUCCUCGAUCUGCCUCCACCUCCACUCCCCCUGGACCAGACACACCCACAGACAGCCCUCCAGCAGCUAAUGGCCUAAGCACCAUCUCCCAUGAGUAUCUGAAGGGCAGCUAUGCUUUGGACCUUGAGGCGGUCAAACAGGGAGCCUGCUCUCUGCCUCACCUCAACAAGACACUAGUGGCCUCCUGCAAACGCCUUAAUGGGGAGGUGGAUAAAGUUCUGUCUGGUCUGGAGAUCCUUUCUAAAGUCUUCGAUCAGCAGAGCGCGUUCAUGGUCUCCAAGAUGAUCCAACAGUCUGUGAAUCAGGGUGGAGACCAGGAGCUGGAAAACCUUGUGACUAAGCUGGCAAUUCUCAAAGACCUGCUGUCGUCUAUAGAGAAAAAGGCUCUGAAAGCUCUGCAGGACAUGAGUCUGUCCUCUCCGUGCUCCCCUCCUCCUCUCUCCAUGCGUCACAGCAAAGCCAUUCCUGUGCAGGCCUUCGAGGUGAAGCUUGAUGUUUACCUGGCAGAGCUGACAAAGAUAGGAAAGAGUCAGAAGUACACUUUGUCUGUGGAUGUGGAGGGAGGGCGACUCGUAGUGAUGAAGAAGGUGAAAGACAAUCAGGAGGACUGGACCACCUUCACACAUGACAAAAUACGUCAGCUGAUCAAGUCUCAGCGGGUGCAGAAUAAACUGGGCAUUGUAUUUGAGAAGGAGAAGGAUAAGAGCCAGAGGAAAGACUUCAUCUUUGCUAGUGCCAAAAAACGGGAGGCGUUUUGCCAGCUGCUGCAGCUGAUGAAGAACAAACAUUCCAACCAGGAUGAGCCAGACAUGAUUUCCAUCUUUAUAGGCACCUGGAAUAUGGGCUCAGUGCCAUCACCAAAGUCUGUGGCCUCGUGGGUCUUGUGUCGUGGUCUCGGGAAAACUCUGGACGAGAUGACGGUCACCAUCCCACAUGACCUGUAUGUGUUUGGAACCCAGGAAAACUCAGUGUGCGAUCGGGAGUGGGUGGAGUCGCUACGUGCCAUGCUGAAAGAACAGACAGAGCUGGAUUACAAACCAAUCGCAGUGCAGACUCUGUGGAACAUAAAAAUUGCUGUGUUGGUGAAACCUGAACAUGAGAACCGGAUCAGCCAUGUGGGGAUGUCAAGUGUCAAGACAGGCAUCGCUAACACACUGGGUAACAAAGGAGCAGUCGGGGUGUCUUUCAUGUUUAACGGAACAUCUUUUGGCUUUGUGAAUUGUCACUUGACAUCAGGGAAUGAGAAGAUUGCCAGGCGAAACCAGAACUACCUUGAUAUCCUGCGGCUGCUGUCACUAGGAGACAAACAGCUGAGCUCCUUUGACAUUUCGCUGCGCUUCACACACCUCUUCUGGCUGGGAGACCUUAACUACAGGCUGGAUAUGGACAUACAGGAGAUUUUAAACUAUAUUAACAGGAAGGAGUUUGAGCCCCUGCUGAAAGUGGACCAGCUCAACCUGGAGAGAGAGAAGAAUAAAGUCUUUUUACGCUUUGCGGAGGAAGAAAUCUCGUUCCCACCCACCUACCGGUAUGAACGAGGCUCAAGAGACACAUACGUCUGGCAGAAGCAGAAGGCCACAGGGAUGAGGACUAAUGUUCCAUCCUGGUGUGACAGGAUCCUGUGGAAGUCGUACCCAGAAACACACAUUGUCUGUAACUCCUAUGGCUGUACGGAUGAUAUAGUGACCAGUGAUCAUUCCCCUGUAUUUGCUACGUUUGAGGUGGGCGUGACCUCCCAGUUUGUCUCCAAGAAAGGUCUGCCAAAGUCUUCAGAGCAGGCCUACAUCGAGUUUGAGAGCAUCGAGGCCAUAGUGAAGACAGCGAGCAGGACCAAGUUCUUCAUCGAGUUCUACUCCACUUGUCUGGAAGAGUUUAAAAAGAGUUAUGAGAACGACAGUCAGAGCAGCGACAACGUCAACUUCCUGCGUGUGGGCUGGUCCAACAAGCAGCUAACAACCCUGAAGCCUCUUCUCUCAGAGAUCGAGUAUCUACAGGAUCAACAUCUGUUACUAACAGUGAAAUCACUGGAUGGAUACGAGUCCUAUGGAGAGUGUGUGUUGGCUCUGAAGUCGAUGAUUGGCAGCACAGCACAGCAGUUCCACACCUACUUGUCCCACCGGGGCGAGGAAACAGGAAAUAUCCGAGGCUCCAUGAGGGUCCGAGUCCCGUCUGAAAGGAUGGGAACCAGGGAGAGACUAUAUGAGUGGAUCAGUGUGGACAAGGAUGAGACAGGUGGACCUAAAGGGAAAUCCACUAUGGUGUCCAGGGUUGGACAUGAAUAUGUAAAGCCCUCUGCGGUACGUAAACAGCUGGGAGAGCUGGGAAAGGUCAGCGAGGAGGGAGAAAGAAGUAACAAGGAGGAAACUGCUGCAAGACCUAAACAGGACGCAGCAGAUGGUGAUCCGUCGAUCUGCAAGAACAGCUACAAUAAUCCCGCCUACUACAUCUUGGAGGGCGUUCCCAACCAGUCAGCUGCAGCUAUUUCACCUGAGCUCCUCCCAUCUCCUACCUCAGCAAACCCCCAGGCAGCUAAAGCCCCUCCUCCCUCAGCUGGACCUCGAACCAAAACCCCCUGUGCGACCUCAGCGGCCCCUCACCCCCGCAGAGCCAUGACAGGACACCCGGUCCGUGCUAUUAGUGAGGAGGGAUCCUCUGAAGACGAUGGAGGUUCUUGCAUGGCGGGGGCACAGGGAGGAGGAACUGUUGGAAGCACACUGAAUAGACCCCCUCCUGACUUUCCACCACCUCCCCUCCCCAAAGGAGCACUGGAGAUGGUUACAGAGGCCCCCUUCACCAAACCUCGCCCUCUUUACCCAGACCUGGCUGAGGUCAGAAUCCCGGCAACCGGCCCCGGGGCCCCACUUGCCCUUGGAGAGGGUUUUAGGCGAGGAGGAGUUGGAGGAGUCGGAGCGGGAGCGCUGGACGACCAGUCGUGUUCUGUGCUCCAGAUGGCAAAGACACUGAGUGAGAGUGAGUUUCCUGGACAGCCUCCACGUGCUCCUUCAGCUCCACCGCCUCUCAGAGGGCAGCCGAUGGGGUUAGGUCUGGAUGCCUGCCGCACCUUCCCGCCCAGAAAUCCCAUCCCAGAGAGUAUCGCAGAGGACAUGCCAGAGGAGGCACUUUGGGGCAGCAGUAGUUCAUCUUUGUCUGUGGGGGAAUCCUCAGUGGGUGAGUGGCUGCAGAGACUGGGCCUGGAGAGGUAUGAGCAGGGGCUGCUACACAACGGCUGGGACGAUCUGGAGUUCCUCAGUGACAUCACCGAGGAGGACCUGGAGGAGGCGGGAGUGCUCGACCCCGCCCACAAGCGAAUCCUGCUGGAGAGCCUCAAGCAGCAACAGCAGCAGAAAUAAACUGUAUCCAACUGGUCUAUGACUGGUCCAUUCUGGCCUGGAGAACCACACCAGGUCCCAAGAGGCCAAAUCUCAGCUGAACUGAACUGAACUGUGCUGAGCUGAAACGUGCCAAUUGAUGCCAGACUGUGCCUUCGGAGAGAAAUUGCACUCCAUUUAUACUUUCAAAAAAAAAAAACACUUGUUGAACCAACGUCCUUUUUCCACAUGUACUGUAUGUGUGUUGUCAUCGUCAUAGAUGUGGCCUUAUUUAAUGAGAAACAUUUCAGUCCUUCAAGCAUCACUACAUAACCCUCGGCUUUCAAUCCAGACAGAUUUAGAGAUUCAGCUCAACGUCUUGAUGCUGAGUCAUAUGUGUCGUGCCAUGAGACGUGAUCAGUAGCUUCGAGGAAAGCAUUUAAAGCUUACUUCCCUUUCUUUGGCCUGAGAAACUUUACCUGAGAAGUGACGAUGUUUGAGAAGGGCUUUUUUGGGGAACCAGAGCUUUGAAAACACACCACUCGUGUUUUUCUAAACACUGCGCUCUCUGAGUCUCAGGUUUUUUCCCCACUCACGGCCACAUUUGGCAACUGUGGGAAUCAUUAGAGAGCAUUCAAGAGUAAUGUCAGCCCACAGCUCGGUCAGAAGAACCCUUUCUCUUCUGCAAUGGAGGGAAACAGGAUGUGGUGACAGGAAAGAAGCUAGUAAGCCUGGCUGGAGUGAGCUAAACUCAAAUUGUGUUCAAAUUGUGUACUUUAGUGAUGAUGUCUGGGUCACUUAUUGAAAUGGUGGCCUGUGCUGUCCAAGUGUCUCAGCAUGUAUUUAUGGUUGUUUUUUUUUUUUUUUUUUUUUCUGAUGACAAAAGGGAAUAUUGAACGAAUCAACCAAAUCAAAACUUUUAGCCCUAAAAGUGAAUAUUUGACCUUGGUGCAACAUUUAAAUGACAGCCAGUCACUUUUGUGGUUUGUCCUCACUUGACAUUUGAGCCCUUUUUCUAACACUUCCAUGUUGCAGUAGGUUGGUUAUAUUACUAAAAAUUGUCAGUAUUCUCCCACAUAACUGGACAAAUGCAGCAUAGGGUUUCUUGAGGGGUGGCAUGGCUCAGUGGAUAGAGUGGCUGUCUUGCAACCGGAGGUUUGCCGGUUCGAUCCUCGGCCCGUUGUGCUCAUGUCGAGGUGUUAAGAUCCCUAAUUGCUCCUGAUGGGUCGUGGUUAGCGCCUUGCAUGGCAGCUUCCGCCAUCAGUGUGUGUGUGAAUGGGUGAAUGUGAUGUAUAAUGUAAAGCGCCAUUUACCAUUCUUGACACAAUCAGUAGUCAGUUUAUUGGUCAAUAAAUUAUGUUGAUAAGGUAUACAUGUGGUAAUAAAUGCUGCACCGAGGUGAAAUAUGACUUAAAAGAUAUCAAACAGUACACCUCUCAUGCUCACACUUUCAUUGUCUUUGAGGAUGCUAAAUUUCAAUUUGCAGAAGACAUGUGCCCCAGAUUUGAUGGGAUUUAAAUCACUGCUUUUUUAUUUGUAUUUUUUUGAUUCAAUUAAUUUUAAAUUGUCUAAAUGGAGCAGUGUUCAGGGAAUUAGUUACCAUAGCCAAAUAGAUGAACUCAUGGUUAAGAUUUAACAAGCCAUCCCAUUACUAUUUGUCACCAAAACAUUUAAUGUUCUGUAAUAUUUUGCUGAUCUGAUUUGGUCCUUUUGUUACAUUAGUGGAGUUUUAGGAUGAAGAUAUGUUGCGUACACAUGGAACAAGAUGCCACCUCUUGUAAGGCAUUGUGAAACAGAUGUGAGGGAACAUGUUUCCUGAUGUAACCAGCAGGUGGAGCUGCUACUCCACAAACUCCAUCAGUAGAUUAACUUCUUAGACCAUGGUGUGUUUAUUAUAUCUUGUUUCUAAGUGGUUAAAAUCUGAUCUGUCCAGUUUUCAGACUGAUUUUAUUUGUUCGUAAUUGAAAUCCUCCUGUGGAUUCAUCUCGAUGUGACUGAUACAUUUCUUUUUUCAAGGUGUAUCACACUAAACAGUUUCUUCUCUGAAGCACACAGCUUGCUUUCACUACUAAAAUAUCUUUUUUUUUUUUUUUUUGCCAUGUUCUAAAAAGUAAAUCUAAAUGAAUGUGCUCAUACAUAUUUGGGUCUAAAUUUGACGAAACCUUCAUUCGUGACUGCAACACAUUUUUUCAUUUCAAUCCUAAUUUGUGACCCAAAUGCAGCAGUGGAUAUUUUUUGCUCAGCGUUAGACUUUGCAUUUAUAUGUUGUACAAUGUGUCUAAUCCUUUAACAGCCAAACAACCACAAUGCAGAGAAUGUGGAUCUGCCGUUCAGACGUGUUCAAUCUAAUGUCUUUAUAAGCCUUUUCAGUGUUCUCAGUGAUGUGAGUGUGUGUGUGUGUGUGUGUGUUUGUAUUUGUGUGCAUGUGCGAAAAAGCCAUUGUUGUUUUCUGACACUCCAUUUUAUCUUGUUCUUUCAUGUAGUCUUUUACUUUGGUUGUGUUAAGUUAAUCGUUCACACAUGUAUUUUUUUUCAAUUAAAAUCUUAAUAUCUUA